AUAAUUGUGCGCAUGCUGAUUACUGAGUAAAGAAGUUUUUUAGCAAUUUUCGGAGAAACGUGGUUUGCACGUUUACGCUAACUGAAAAAUUCAGUUAGAAUUCACUUAUUGUGAGUGCCAAUUUUGCCCCAACAAGUGUUUUUGUGUCGGAAUGAAGUAAUAGUCUAUAUAUUUUUUGCGUUCGCUAUACUUUGAAACAAAGAAAAUGUCUAGUAGUAAUAAGAAAAAGGGCAAAAACCCGGCAGCGGUGGACAAUUGGUUGGACUCAAUUGGCCUGUAUCGAAAAAAUGUUGCUUAUGAUGAGACUUGCCUAUUUCGGGCUGUUAGUGAACAGCUGUUUCAAUGCCAAAUCUACCACGAGAGGGUCCGUAAAGAAUGCAUCGAUUACGGCAGACGGCACUAUUACGAUUUUUGGCACUUACUUGAGGAUGAAAAUGAGUGGUACAAUCAUUUAGACUUGUUAGAAAAGCAUAUGGUCGUUUGUGGUAAUAUAGAGAUUCAGCUAAUUAGUCACAAGUACAACCGCGACGUUGUUGUGUACGAUGCAACACACCAAAGCGUACUUCAAGUUACUCGAAGAGGUUUAGAUAAGACACUUAUGCUAUGCCUCAUGAACGAAGACCAUUACGAUGUGGUUUAUGAGAAGGAACACAUCCAAAAUGCGGGCUUUUGCCAAUCCAUUGUUUACGGUAUUCUGUACGAAAAUGUUUUUGAUGUUCCUAAUGUGCAAAAUAUCGUGCAUGGGAUGCUGUACGAGAAAGAGUUCGUAGCUUUAUCAUUUGCCGAUGUUAGUGAUAAUUUUGAAUCUAAACUUAGCUUGGAGAAAGAGGGGGACAAGAACACUGAAGUUGUUGUGCCACCACCAGUAAAUAUAGCCCCUUUUCCCUUCAAGGUGGCUAAAGCGCUUGAUCCCACCAUCUACAGGAACAUUGAGUACGAUUCCUGGACUGAAGUUAGGAGGGAACUUCGUCUUGGCGACUGGUAUUACGGUGAUGACAACCUAAUACUAGGAACACGCUGCAUUCUCAAUCAAGACGAUCAAACUUACGAAUGUUACAUCCAAGAGAUCAUUAAAAACGAGAACAAAUGUGUGGUUUAUGUGACAAAACUCGCCGAAAAGCGCACCGUAAACUACACGGAUUUGUCUCCUGAAAACGACGCAAAACCGUGGCCACUGCCCUACAGAUUUACCAAAAACCAAGUGGCGACUCCGUCCCAAGCCGUCACACUCGAAACCAAGCUAAAAUUACCGAAAAAACGUAAAGAUAAACGCCGAGUGAAAAGUAACAGCGAGUCUCAAACGCAAGCGGUUUCAUCGCAACAGCUUGCCCAAGAUAUUGAGGCUUUCAUUGGCCAGCCUUUGCAAAUGCAAAAUAAUUCCGGACAGAAUUACAACCAAGCGCAAAGUCCCCCAGAAAUAUCCAGCUCGCAGUCGCAACAUAAUUUGCUAGUAACCCCUGAUAUUCCAUCGCCGAUGCCCAAAUUUUCCUGGGAGACUCCUUGGAGCACCGCUGCUGCGGCCUCGUGCGAGAAAUUCGUUUGGUCGCAACCAGCGACUUCCCCGGGGAUGAAGCCGAUGGUGGCCUCAGCUCCCACCACUCCAAACGUGAUUCCUUACCACGAUUCGCAAUAUCCCUUCGUCUACAAUUACCCUGUGGACAGUUCGUUCAACUCGUGGAACAGCAGCUCUGUCUACAGUCCUCCGAGUCAAUUUCCGCUGGAACCGGACGAGGACAACGAAAAUGUGGACAAUUUCCAGGAGUACGCUGGGAAUUUUGAGGCGCAGCCGGCGAAAGAGAUACCGCCACUGAUUCUCCCGCCUCCCAAUCCGCCAGUUGAGAUCUACUCGGCUGUGAUCCCCAUUCCUCCGGGAACUCCCGUGAUUUACACACACACUCCCGAAGGACCGGAAAUGAUGGUUUACACGCCGCCAGUUGAUGUGCAAUACGUUUCGCCAACACCGUACUUCUACUCGCCGACGAUACCAACCACUUGGUAUCCGCUAGGAAUCAAUUCCCAGGGAUUUAUUUUCCCAACUCCAGUCAACCAGAAUUUGCAAAACAAUUAAGAGCGUUUCAUUAUGAAUGUUAAUGCUUUGAAGAAAUUUAUUUUUGUUAUUUUUGUCAGAGUUCAAUUAAGUUUAUCAUGUUUUUCCUUAUUAAUGCAUUUAAUUAUUGAGUUUCGUUUUCGUUGAAAGGUUCUGAGAAAUAAAACGUUAUUUUCGA